AUUGUGAAGGAUCGGACCGACCGGAAACGGUGUUGUUGUUAGUCCAAAACGGAACAUGAACUCGGCUAACAGAUGUGAAAAUUAGCGCUUUUAGUGUGUUUGUUUUGAUUAGUAAGGAGGAGACCGGAGAGGAGGUAGCAUUUUUUAACUGUCUGUGUGCCGUGUAAUGAUCAGAAAUGAGCGUCACGUUGGAUAUAAGGCUGAAAAGAGCAAACAAAGUUUAUCGAGAAGGGGAAACAGUGGCUGGUGUCAUCCUGCUGGUUUGUAAGGAGGCACUGCAGCAUCAUGGCAUCUCUCUGAGCAUGGAGGGAGUCGUGAAUCUGCAGCUGAGUUCCAAGAGUGUCGGUGUCUUUGAGGCUUUCUACAACUCUGUCAAGCCCAUCCAGCUGAUCAGCAGUAACAUUGAAGUGGCCAAGGCUGGAAAAAUCCCUGGAGGAAAGACUGAGAUUCCCUUUGAGUUCCCUCUGCACACCAAAGGCAACAAAGUGCUGUACGAGACCUACCACGGAGUCUUUGUCAACAUUCAAUACACCCUCCGCUGUGACAUGAAGCGCUCCCUGCUGGCCAAAGAUUUGAGCAGGAGCUGCGAAUUCAUCGUGCACUGCCAGCCUCAGAAAUCUAAAGUCAUCCCCACACCAGUGAACUUCACCAUCACUCCGGACACUCUGCAGAGCCGCGAGAAAAAUUCACUUCCCAAGUUUCUCAUCCGAGGAAAUUUAGAUGCCACCAACUGCGUGAUCAGCCUGCCGCUUACUGGAGAGGUGGUGGUGGAAAACUCAGACGUCCCCAUAAAGAGUAUUGAACUGCAGCUGGUACGGGUGGAGACCUGCGGCUGCGCUGAGGGCUACGCCAGAGACGCCACAGAGAUCCAGAACAUCCAGAUAGCUGAAGGUGACGUCUGCCACAGCCUCGCCAUCCCCAUCUAUAUGAUCUUCCCCAGACUGUUCACCUGCCCCACGCUGGAGACAACAAACUUCAAAGUCGAGUUUGAAGUCAACGUUGUCGUCGUGCUCCAUGAUGAUCACCUGAUCACAGAGAACUUUCCUCUGAAGCUGUGCAGACUCUGAACUUAUCAUUUCUGAGAGAAGCUCAGAGACCUUCACACUUCUCAUCUGCCUGAACAGCUGAGCAGAUUCUUCAACAUGCAACUGAAGCCGGAGAAAUUAUUCAAACCUUCAGAGACCUCCCUAAUAAUACGUCAUGUUAAUGUG